AUGCAGAGCGAGGACUUCUCCGCCGAGUUGCUACAGCUUUAUUAUCAACGACUUUUUCCGUACCAGCAGAUAGUCCAGUGGCUCAGCUACGACAAAGGUGAGGCGUAUUUUUUUCGACGCGAGCUCUCGUAUACGCUCGAGAACGACACGUACAUCCGGUACAAGUCGUUCCACAAUGCUGUGGAACUCAAGACCAGCAUGAACGCGACGCUGCCUUUUAAAAUUGAUAUCGGAGCCGUCUUCUCCGCGUCUCCUGUUGACAAGGGCAAAGUCAGUACGGCCGAUUUUACGCCCCAGCAGCGCGAGCUCGUGUUUGAUAUCGAUCUGACGGACUACGACGACAUUCGAACGUGCUGUGACGGGGCAUCAAUUUGCAGUCGCUGCUGGCAGUUCAUGGUUGCUGCCGUGGAGGUGCUUAAUGCUGCGUUACGGGACGAUUUCGGCUUUGAACACAUUCUCUGGGUCUACUCUGGACGUCGUGGAAUCCAUUGCUGGGUCGCAGACGAAAGAGCUCGGGAGCUUGAAAAUGAAGCCAGGUCUGCUGUGGUGGGGUACCUGACGCUCGUGGAAGGCAAUGAAAACUCUGCUCGUAAAGUCAAGUUGCGUGAACCGCUGCAUCCGUCGCUCGAUCGGGCGUACCAUGUACUGGAACCUAUGUUCGAGAGCACAAUUUUGUCAGACGAGGGUCAAGGAGUUUUAUGUAACGAGAAGCACUGGGUUAAGUUGUUGGCGAUGGUGCCUGAUGAGGAUAUUCGAGCCAACAUGAUGCGUCGAUGGGGUACCACAAGCUGCAAAUCGAGUCCCGGAGAGAAGUGGCGUGAACUUAGGGAGGCUGUGGAGAAACAAGUGGUCAGAAAUACAAAUGCCAUGCGUGGUGGUAGCAGCCUCAAGCGGCCGACACCGAACAGUGAUGCCAAUAAGCGCUUUGCAGCAGCCGAUCUGCGCACGUGUCUGCAGGAAAUUGUACUGGCGUACCUGUAUCCACGACUAGAUGCCAACGUGUCGAAGCAACGGAAUCACUUGUUGAAGAGUCCAUUCGCUGUGCACCCCAAGACGGGCCGUGUAUGCGUACCCAUUGACACAACGUAUAUGGAGAAGUUUGAUCCGUUCACGGUUCCUACACUGGGCCAGUUGCACGAGGAACUGGACUCGGACAAGGCCACUACGAGCAUGACAAAGUAUGUGGAUUUUUUCGAGUCUUCGUUCUUAAAGCCGUUGGCUGCAGCAGCUAAGCGAAAAGAGCGCGAGGCUCGUGAGAGUGACGCCGCAAUGACUGGCGACUGGUAG